UGAUUACCGCGGUAACGUCUGCCCAUGACGUAACGGCUAUACUUCUGAUAAUUUCCGUCGUGACGCAUGCGUAUUCGAUUCAGAGCAAAAAUCAGAAUUAGUUCAACGGAAUCCCGGAAAGUAGCGAGUGUGAGACACGACGGUACCGCUCUAUAAAAUCAUAAAGAGCGCUGAGUAACCUGUCAAGACGUCGUCUCGUAUCGUUAUUUACGUUCUCAAAGGUGUAGUGGGUAAUCGUUCAUAGAAUUCGGUCGGCUUCCAGACAGGAUGGUGAAGCCUGAGCAAAUUUUAAUUAUCGAACCGCGAAGUGAACUGCGGUUCAGGGGUCCAUUCACAGAAAGGACAGUCACAUCAUAUAUAAAAUUAACUAAUCCAUCAAAUCACAAAGUUUAUUUUAAAAUAAAAACAACUGCUCCAAAGAGGUAUUGUGUACGACCAAAUUGUGGAUAUCUCAAACCAAAGGAAAUUUCACAAAUAGCUGUAACUCUUCAACCAUUUGAUUUUGAUCCAGCAGAGAAAAAUAAACAUAAAUUUAUGGUGCAAGCUUUAGUAGCUCAAGAUAAUGAUGAUGAAGAAAAUCCUGACAUGUGGAAAGGCAUAGAUCCAGAACAAUUGAUGGAAUCUAAAUUAAAAUGUGUAUUUGAAAAUCCUGUAAUUAAAACAAUGACAGCUGACACAACCAAAUCAGAUGUUACUACAAAUAAUGGAAAAAAUAAAGGAGUUGGUGAUUCUGUUAAAUCAUUGCCAAAGGUUCCUGGAGAAACAGAAGAAAAAUUAAUAAAAGCAGCACAAGAAGUCAAUCAACUUAGGGAAGAAGAGAGUGCCCUUAGGCAGGAAAAUCUCCAAUUAAAGGAGGAUUUGUUGCACUUACGAAAUGCCAUGUUGGUUAAUGAGGCUACAUUAGCCACUAAAAAUAUUAACUCACAGAACAGUAGCGAAUCGUCACCGCCAGUUAUCAGCAUCCUUAUUGCUGUUCUCAUGGUUAUAGUGGGAUAUGUGCUGGGAAAAAUGAUCUGAGCAGCCAUUACUUUACCGCAUAACUUGGCACAUCCCCUCUUCCCCUGUGUUUCUUAGCCUGCCCCCCUGCUACCAUAUACCACGUACUGAUCGCAAAGGUCGAAACCAGUCAUCGUAUUACACGAUUGUUCAUAAUAAAUACUAUAAACAUGAACGGGUAGUGGUUUACAAUAAUAGAAUUAAUCGCUGCAGGAGUGUGCUUCUAUUUUGGUAAAGCGAUUAAAUUCGAAAUCCUUUUUUAAGAAAUAAUCACUAUACUCGGAUGGCACAUAUUGACAAAUAGGUGCAGCAAAUCCUGUGGAUAAAUUUUGUUUAUUACGUAUCAGAAAAUAUUAUUAAAUAACAAUUAAAUUAUCAACAAAAAUUAAAGAUUAUAUAUCUUCAUGUUUUUUACAUUAUUCUAUUAUAUUUCUUAUAAAAGGAUUCUCGCUUUACAAAUUUGCUUGCGGCUGUGUCUUUGAAACCAUGUUGCCACUAAGUAAAUUAUGUAUGGGAUACGAAAAUUUAUGAAAUAUAAUUCUUUUAAAUGAAUACAUUCAAUUAAAAAAAAAAAAGUGAAUUCAAUUUUUCCAGAAACAGUGAUGCAUUCUUACAUAAAAAGGAUAAAUUUUAAUAUUCUUUUUGACAUUCUAACAGUACUUAACAAUCACACGAUGUAAGAUUGUACAUAAUGUAUUUUAAGAUAAUAUAUUAAUGUAUCUAACGUAUAUAGUCAGGAAGGGAAGGGGGGCUGGCUGAUUAGUAGUGGUUCAGUGACUCAGAAUUUGGAUACGCUGGCUCUAUCCAUCAGCAAUGAUAUAUCAUUUAAGAAGUUGAUGCAUUAAAGUUUUUGACGCUUCAGUGUAUUUUUAUUUCUUUAUGUUUGUCUUAUAAAAAUUCGAAAUAAAGAUAUCUCGGAUGUCA